AUGGAGGGACUAUCGUACGUGUCACAAGUCCCUUUCGUGAUCAUUGACUUGGUCAACUUCACCGAAGUCACGGUCAACGUUGAGGAGAAAACUGCCUGGAUCGAAGCAGGUGCAACAACCGGUGUCGUAUACUACAGGAUCGCGGAAAAGAGCUCCACUCUCGGAUUCCCUGGGGCCAUUUGCACAACGGUCGGCGUCGGCGGGCACUACAGUGGAGGCGGCUACGGCACACUGCUGAGAAAAUAUGGCCUUGCAGGAGAUAACGUAAUCGACGCCAAAAUUGUCGACGUGAAAGGAAACAUUCUCAACAGAGAAUCAAUGGGCGAGGAUCUGUUCUGGGCUAUCAGAGGUGGCGGAGCUGCCAGCUUUGGUGUGGUCACUGCCUGGAAGGUACAACUGGUCGAUGUUCCAGAAACAGUCACUGUUUUCUCCAUCAACAGGAAUGUGGAAGAACAGAAUGGCGCUGAACUGUGGCACCGCUGGCAAUACGUGGCUCCUCAAGCCGACAAAGAUCUGUUCGUCGGAGUCAUCGUGUUCAGGGUGGACACGACCGUCCAAGUUAACUUCUUCUCAGCUUUCCAAGGCGGCGCCGACAGAUUAGUUUCAUACAUGCAAGAAAUCUUCCCCGAGUUAGGGCUAGUGAGAGAAGACUGCACGGAAAUGAGCUGGGUCCAAUCCACCUUAUUUAGCAACCAAAUGCCGAUUGAUCCACUAGACGCUCUGCUCAACCGGAUUCAGCCCGGUCUCAGACAGCUCAAAGCCAAGUCCGAUUAUGUCCGCGAACCAGUUCCUUUGAACGCGAUCGAAGGGAUGGUGAGUAUGCUACGUGAACCCGAAGCGGACGAGACUAUUUACUACAUGGUGCCAUAUGGUGGAAAAAUGGACGAAAUAUCAGAAUCAGAGACUCCAUUUCCUCACAGAGCUGGUGCUCUCUACAAGCUUGCCGGUUUGACUUACUGGCAAGACUCGGAGGCUGCGGAUGCGGACCGUUACAUAAGCUGGAGCCGUAAGUAUUAUGAGUACAUGACUCCGUAUGUGUCAAGCUCGCCCAGGGAAGCGUAUUUCAACUACAGAGAUCUCGACAUUGGAGUCAAUAAUGUUGUUGGGGAGACGAGUUACGAACAGGCUAGCAUUUGGGGGAAGCCGUAUUACAAGGAUAAUUUCGAGCGUCUUGUUAAGGUGAAAACUGCCGUAGAUCCGGACAAUUUCUUCAGGAAUGAACAGAGCAUCCCACCGUUGCCGUCUGCAGCCGCGGAUGUUUGA